CAUUUGUUUAGGCAGUAGGGAGUUUCUGCUAGGGUCUGGAUUGGAGUUAUACGCAGACCGGACCCUACCCUGUAUGAGUGGUGUCUGAGGAGAAAAGAGGAUUCCCCCCUUUGUCGCAAAGAAUCUACAUGUCUAAUAUUUAGACAUGUUCAGCUUUGUGGAUAUUCGGUUAGCGCUGCUGCUCAGCGCAGCAGUGCUUUUGGCCAGAGGUCAAGGCGAGGAUGAUAGCGCGUUCGGCAGCUGCACAUUAGAUGGACAGUUCUACAACGAUAAGGAUGUAUGGAAACCAGAGCCCUGCCAGAUCUGCGUCUGCGACAGUGGAACCGUCAUGUGCGACGAAGUGAUCUGCGAGGACACAUCCGAGUGUGCCGACCCCAUCAUCCAAGACGGAGAGUGCUGCCCUAUGUGCCCCGACAUUAAUGAUCCCACUGAGAACCCUUCAGGUCCUUCAGUUCAGCCGCCAACAAACGGAGAAACUGGCCCCCCGGGAGAGCCGGGUCUUCCUGGAUCUCCUGGCAACGAUGGAUAUGAUGGACAGCCUGGCCUUCCCGGACCUCCCGGCCCCCCUGGCCCCCCUGGCCUUGGCGGAAACUUCUCUCCUCAAAUGAGCUACACUGACCACUCCAAAUCCAGCGGCCCACCUCAGCCUGGCCCAAUGGGUCCCAUGGGUCCUCGUGGUCCUCCUGGACCCCCUGGCUCCUCUGGUCCUCAGGGUUUCACUGGCCCUCCUGGAGAGCCUGGUGAGCCUGGAGCUUCUGGCGCCAUGGGCUCUCGUGGUCCUGCUGGCCCCCCUGGAAAGAACGGAGAUGAUGGUGAGCCCGGCAAAUCUGGUCGCCCCGGUGAGCGUGGCGCUGCUGGACCUCAGGGUGCUCGUGGAUUCCCCGGAACCCCCGGACUCCCCGGCAUCAAGGGACACAGAGGUUUCAGCGGUCUGGAUGGAGCUAAGGGAGAUGCUGGACCUGCUGGCCCCAAGGGAGAGGGUGGUGCACCUGGUGAGAACGGCAUGCCCGGCUCCAUGGGUGCUCGUGGUCUUCCCGGUGAGAGAGGACGCCCUGGACCUCCUGGCCCAUCAGGCGCUCGUGGUAACGAUGGAAACACCGGCCCUGCUGGACCCCCUGGACCUACUGGACCUGCUGGUUCCCCCGGAUUCCCCGGCGGUGCUGGAGCUAAGGGAGAGACCGGUCCUCAGGGAGGUCGUGGAAAUGAGGGACCCCAGGGAUCCCGUGGUGAGCCCGGUAACCCCGGACCUGCUGGAUCCGCUGGAGCUGCUGGUGCCCCCGGAUCCGAUGGACAAGCCGGUGCUAAGGGUUCUCCUGGUGCUAGUGGUAUUGCUGGUGCUUCUGGUUUCCCUGGAGCUCGUGGACCUGCUGGUGCUCAGGGAGCUGUUGGUGCUCCUGGUCCCAAGGGUAACAACGGUGACCAUGGUCCUUCUGGUCCUAAGGGAGAGCCUGGUGCAAAGGGAGAGCCUGGACCAGCUGGACCUCAGGGACUUGCUGGCCCCUCUGGUGAGGAGGGAAAGAGAGGAGGCCGUGGAGAGCCUGGUGGUGCUGGACCUCGUGGACCCUCUGGAGAGCGUGGUGGCCCUGGUGCUCGUGGUUUCCCUGGUGCUGAUGGAGGUGCUGGUGGAAAGGGAGCCCCCGGUGAGCGUGGUGCCCCCGGCGCAUUGGGAGCUCAGGGAGCCACUGGUGAGUCUGGAAGCCCCGGUGCUCCUGGCGCUCCUGGAUCCAAGGGUAUGACUGGUAGCCCCGGAAGCCCUGGACCCGACGGCAAAGCUGGCCCAUCUGGUGUACAAGGACAAGACGGACGCCCUGGACCUCCUGGCCCCUCUGGAGGAAGAGGACAGCCUGGAGUUAUGGGAUUCCCCGGACCCAAGGGAGCCGCUGGUGAGUCUGGAAAGCCUGGCGAGAGAGGACCCGGUGGUUCCAUUGGUGCAGUUGGUGCUCCUGGCAAAGACGGUGAUGUUGGUGCUCCUGGACCUUCUGGCCCCGCUGGACCUGCUGGAGAGAAGGGAGAGCAGGGACCUUCCGGUCCUCCUGGAUUCCAGGGUCUUCCCGGACCCCAAGGUGCUACUGGUGAGACUGGCAAGCCUGGUGAGCAGGGUGCUCCUGGUGAGGGUGGACCCCAUGGCCCAUCUGGACCCAGAGGCGACAGAGGUUUCCCUGGUGAGCGCGGUGCUCCUGGUGUUGCUGGCCCAAUGGGACCCCGCGGUGCUCCUGGCGCCUCUGGAAACGAUGGAGCCAAGGGAGAGACUGGUGCUGCCGGUGGCCCCGGAGGUAAUGGAGCCCCUGGUAUGCAGGGAAUGCCCGGUGAGCGCGGAGCCGCUGGUCUGCCCGGUGUCAAGGGAGAGAGAGGUGAUGGUGGUGCCAAGGGAGGUGACGGUGCCAGUGGCAAAGAUGGCGGUCGUGGUAUGACUGGUGCCAUUGGACUCCCAGGACCCCCUGGUGCUCAGGGUGAGAAGGGUGAGGGUGGCGCUGUUGGCGGUUCCGGACCCACCGGUCCUCGUGGUUCCCCUGGCGAGCGUGGAGAGGCUGGACCCGCCGGACCUGCUGGAUUCGCUGGACCUCCUGGUGCUGAUGGUCAGCCUGGUGCCAAGGGAGAGAGUGGUGAUUCUGGACCCAAGGGAGAACCUGGUGCUCCUGGACCCGCUGGAGUUGUUGGAUCUGCUGGACCUCAGGGACCUGCUGGACCUCCUGGACCCAAAGGUGCUCGUGGUGGUGCUGGACCUCCUGGUGCUACUGGUUUCCCCGGACCUGCUGGAAGAGUUGGACCCCCUGGCCCCUCUGGAGGUGGUGGACCCCCUGGACCCGCCGGACCUGUUGGCAAAGACGGAGCCAGAGGAGGACGUGGUGAGACCGGACCCGCUGGUCGCCCUGGUGAGGCCGGUGCUGCUGGACCCGCAGGACUCAGUGGAGAGAAGGGAUCCCCUGGCGCUGAUGGAGCCCCUGGUUCCUCUGGUAUCCCCGGACCCCAAGGUAUUGCUGGACAGCGUGGUAUUGUAGGUCUCCCCGGACAGCGUGGAGAGCGUGGUUUCUCUGGUCUGCCUGGACCUUCUGGUGAGCCUGGAAAGCAGGGACCUUCUGGAAUCGUUGGUGAGCGUGGACCCCCCGGACCUGCUGGACCCCCUGGACUCUCUGGUGCUUCCGGAGAGGCCGGUCGUGAGGGAUCUACCGGUCACGAUGGUGCCCCUGGUCGCGAUGGAGUUUCUGGACCCAAGGGAGACCGUGGUGAGUCUGGCAUGGCCGGACCCCCAGGACCCCCUGGUGCUCCUGGAGCCCCUGGAACUGUUGGCCCAUCUGGCAAAACUGGUGACCGUGGAGAGUCUGGUGCCGCUGGUAAUGCCGGCCCUAGUGGUCCCGCUGGUGUCCGUGGCCCUGCUGGACCUGCCGGAGGUAAGGGAGACAGAGGAGAGGCCGGUGAGGCUGGAGAGAGAGGCCACAAGGGACACAGAGGAUUCACUGGCAUGCAGGGUCUGCCCGGUACCUCCGGAGGACAUGGAGAGAGAGGACCCGCUGGUGCUUCUGGACCUGCUGGACCAAGAGGACCUUCUGGAUCUAACGGCUCCCCCGGUAAGGAUGGCAUGAACGGUCUGCCUGGACCCAUCGGACCCCCUGGACCUCGCGGUCGCAACGGAGAGAUGGGCCCCUCUGGUCCCCCCGGACCUCCUGGACCCGCUGGACCCCCUGGACCUCCCGGAGGUGGAUUCGACUUUGUCAGCCAGCCUCUCCAAGAGAAGGCCCCCGAUCCCUUCCGUGGCGGCCACUACCGCGCCGACGACCCCAACAUGAUGCGCGAUCGCGACCAGGAGGUUGACACCACCCUCAAGACCCUGACCCAGAGGGUGGAGAAGAUCCAGAGCCCAGACGGUACCCAGAAGAGCCCCGCCCGCAUGUGCCGCGACCUGAGGAUGUGCCACCCCGAGUGGAAGAGCGGCGUGUACUGGGUGGAUCCCAACCAGGGUUCCGCUUUGGAUGCCAUCAAGGUCCACUGCAACAUGGAGACUGGCGAGACCUGCAUCUACCCCAGCACCUCCACCGUCCCCAUGAAGAACUGGUACACCAGCAAGAACAUCAGAGAGAAGAAGCACGUCUGGUUCAGCGAGUCCAUGACCGGUGGAUUCCAGUUCCAGUAUGGCAGCGAUGGAUCUGAUCCCGAGGAUGUCAGCAUCCAGAUGACCUUCAUGCGCCUGAUGUCCAACCAGGCCUCUCAGAACGUCACAUACCACUGCAAGAACAGCAUCGCCUACAUGGACUCCGCCUCCGGAAACCUGAAGAAGGCUCUGCUCCUCCAGGGCUCCAACGAUGUCGAGAUCAGAGCCGAGGGCAACAGCCGCUUCACAUACAGCGUCAGCGAAGAUGGCUGCACGUCACACACUGGCACAUGGGGCAAGACAGUCAUCGACUACAAGACAACAAAAACAUCCCGCCUGCCCAUCAUUGACAUUGCUCCUAUGGAUGUUGGUGCAAGUGAUCAGGAGUUCGGCGUCCAAGUUGGCCCUGUUUGCUUCUUGUAAAAAUGAAAGAAAUAUGGACAUGACAUUGUUGUUUUGUUUCUAGCAGUCAUCUCUAAAAUCCUUUUUCCUAUGCAUUCAAAACUCAUUCGGCUGCCAUUGGUCCACAUGCUUAAAAACCACUCGACUGAAGACGGUGUUUAUGUUUUUUUUCCCAAUCAUGAGAAGUUUUUUUUUUCUUUUUGGACUGCUACUUCAACCAACCACAAGGACACUUUAAAAAAAAGAAUCUUUUGUUCCCACUGGCAACAAGAAAAUAAUAUAUAUACUUGUGUAAAAUUUCCCCCUGGAGAUUGAGAGAGAGAAAAAAAAAAAGAAACAUCAACUCAUGCAAUGAAACACAGGUGACUUUUGCCAUUUUCUUACCACUGCAGAAAGGACAUUGAAAACAACAAGUGAAAUGUACCAUUUUUCUGGUGUUGAAUAAAUUGUAAAAAGUGUGAAGUGUCUUCUUGUGCUAAAUUUGUGGAAAGAACAAAAAAAAAGCACCCGAAUGUUGCACAGGAAAAGGCAAACGAGGCAAAGAAGCUCACCUUCAUUGCAAAAAAAAAUGUAGAUGGCUACCUCGUACCAAGAAGUCACCCUGAGUUUUUUUUUUCUUGACUGAAAAGGGUUUAUUUUACACGAGUCUAUUGUGGGGGAAAUCAAAUCAACACAUCAAAGGUGCUAUUACCAUUUCAACGAGGUCCAGCGAUUAGUGUUUGGCGGUGAAAAAGUCUCGCUGUCAUACUGUAAUUAUUGCCACUAAUGCCUGCAGAACCUUUGGUGCUACUAAAUUGACUCAUGUUGUCUAUGCAGUGCAGUUGUUUUCUUCUUAAGUGUUGGUUUGACAGAAGAGGUCCUCAGAAAAAAAAGGGUGCUCACUGCAUAUGUAAUGCAUGCAAUCAUGUCUCUGUAGAUAAAAGCAAGUGACUCUGAUUCAACAUCAUUUCCCUGCUCAUGUGUUCAGUGUUCAUCCUUCUGUCUGUUUAUUUUUUUUUGCCCCCUGUGGAAAACUCCUCUUCACUAAAAAAAAAAAAAAAAAAGCAAAACAGCACACAUCCCCCUGCCUGUUGUUCAUGUUGUUUGUUGAUGUCUUACGCGAAAAGGUUUCUUAAAAAAGAAAAUUGAAGCAGACCCACUUUCAUGGUUUAAAAGAGAGAUUCUGUACUUAUUUUGUACAUGUAUAAUAAAUUGAGAUGUUUUUAAUUAUUUUUGGGUGCUGAAAUAAAGCAUGUGAAGUGGUCUA